UCAGAUUCAAUUUGAUCACCAAACAGUAAUAAUAUGAAUGUUCUUAAGAAAACCUGUUUAAUACUUUUUUUAUUGGUAGCUGUCCUUAGCUACAUACAAUCUAAACCAAAGGGGGCAAGAGUCUUCUGCGACGAUGGCUCAGCCUGUGACGAUGGUGGAAUGUGCUGCGAGGAUGGUGGAUGUUGCCCUCCCACAGCGAGAGUAUGCUGCUCUGAUGGUAUCUCGUGUUGUCCAUCUGAAUUCCCAGUUUGCUGCGAGGGAAAGUGCUGCAACUCAGGUUACCUUUGUUCCGACGGCACUUGCGCCAGUCCAGGAGAAGAAUUAAGAAAAUUUCAAGCUAAAAAGAUACCUGCCCUUUCUAAAUAUUCGAGGAAUAAUUCAACAUUACAUUAGCUGAACAUUUAUACAUUUAUAGCAUUCAUAUAUAUAUAUAUAUUUUUUUUUUCAACAUCCUUCAACUAGUCUUGUAAAUAAAUAUUCUUAAACUUAAACUUUCGUUGAAAAUUUGAUGACCUAUAUAAUACUUAACCACUCUGAAAGAAUUUCUAAUCAGACCAAUCCUAAGUUAUUUCUUAUCAACCUGAAACAUAGAAAGGAGAAGAUUGAUUAAAACAUUCUAAUGAAGUUCUCUAAAGGUCAAUAAGUAUAAUUGUUUAAGAAGCUUGUACUCUAGAACAUUAAAAGGAGAGUAGAAAAUAACAAUUCAAUAACAAAUUUUAAAUAGC